UAUUCAACCGGCGGUUCCUCUGUUUCAUCUUAUCCAGAUUCCCCCUCCUCGUGGCGCUCCGCCCCGCCCCGCCCACCUCCUGCUACGCCCCUCGCGCCGCCGGCCGCCUCCUGCCUCGCUCCGCCCCUCACCACGCGCCGCCGGCCUUCUCCUGCCUCCUAAUCCCAUCUCCUCCUUACCCGCGGCUUUCUUCGCCGUUCACCGCUCCCCUCCACCUACUGGUCGCGACCUCGUGGGAGGCAGAGGAUGGGAAGGUGAGGCGCUGGCGUCCGGCUCCAGGAGCUCGAGAGGGCCGAUCUGCGCGUCCGCGACCUCGCGGGAGGCAUGGCUUGGCGUGCUGCGCUCGAUACGAGCGGGAUCGAGUAAGGGGAUUGGAGGGUGGCGCCGGCGGGAUCGCGGACGGGGAUGGAGUGGGCGGGUGCCGCCAAGAUCGAGGUCGGGGAUGGAGAGGGCGGUCGGCGAGCUGGCGGCUGAGGAUGGAAGAGGCGGCGCUAAUUCGCUGCUACCCGCACCGCACCACGUCCCUAGCUUCCUCCUCUCUGAUCGAACCGAGUCCGUUUUACAAAGGGAUCCGGCGACUAGAGGGGGAGCUGCCACCGGUGAUGCUGCCGGAGAAGCUGGCGAGGUUCCUCCAGAAGUGCGCCUAAGGAGUUCCAGGACGAGCCCCAGUACGGCGGCGACUGGUGGUACCUUCGCGGCCGGGUUUCAUAUGAAUAACUUCUCCAAGCUCUCAGAAGAGAAACAAUAAUGUGACUCCCAGGUGCAUCUCUGAGAGAAAAGCUGGAGAUGCUUUGCCAGUCGCAAAACAAAGGGAAGUAAUUGCUACGGACGCCAGCCAGGUGUUCAUGCUAUUUGAUUCGUGUUUUCUGCUCUUAAUAAUGCUUCCGUUUUUCUUCUUUUAGAACCCUUCUUUUGUACUCUUACAAAUAACAGAUGAAAGGAGAAGGAUGAAGAAGUCAAGCUAUUGCAGAGAUCAAUUGAGGAGCUCAAAAGAACUUUAGUGUUCUCAAAAGUAGCUUUAUUCAGUUUGAGUGAAUUUUGUGGCCUAAGUGUUGUAGCUAUUCAUUUUGCCACGCAUUCUGAAUGUUAGCACACACCCAUGUUGGUACAGAACUCCUAUUGUUAUGCCUGUUAUGACAACUUUCCCAGAUUUUCGUGCAUAAACAUACAUAUGUGGACUAAAUUCUUUUGUUACUUGCUCAGUGAAUACAUAUGUAUGCUUUUUUUUUGCAGGUGAAUACAUAUGUAUGCUAAUAUA